AUGAAAGCAUUGAGCGUGCUACUCGGCCUUGCUUGCUCUGUGACGGCGGCACUGUCUCUCCAGACCAAGGAAACCCAACGUAGGGCCACCCACGGAUACUGGUAUGAAAAGAUCAAACACAAUGGAAUCAGCCCAUUCAUCCCCGGUGGCCACGACUGGACCGUCUUCCGAAACGUCAAGACCGACUUUGGUGCGGUUGGCGACGGCAAGGCCGAUGACACGAGCGCCAUCCAAGCCGCUCUGGACUUCGUGUCCGCAGACGGAGGCAAUCAGAGCAGACGCGAUGGCGGCUUCGGCACGACAGGCGCCCCUGCGGUGGUCUACAUCCCCGGCGGCACAUACCGCCUUUCGCGGCCCAUACACUCCUACGUGCAGACGGUCGUCGUGGGAGACCCGACGAAUAUGCCGAUCCUACAGGCAGCACCCGAUUUCCCCUCGACAGAAAAGUUCCUAUUUUACGGCUUCGACUCAAACUACGACUCGACCAUCAACUUUUACAUCGGCCUGAGGAACGUGGUGCUCGAUUCGACGCUCGUGGCCCCGGCACAGAACAUCACGCUGCUAGACUGGGCGGUGAGCCAAAACGUGCAGCUUAGCAAUGUCGUCUUCCGCAUGGCGAAGGGGGGAACGGCGCACACGGGGUUGUCAAUGCCCGAAGGCGGCUCCCCGCUGAUGAUGAACGACCUGGUGUUUGAGGGCGGCUCGGUCGGGAUACGGAUGAACGAACAGCAGUAUCACUUCAAGGGACUUACGUUCAAAAACAUGGAUAUUGGCCUCAAGUUGGACAAGCUUUUCGAGGGCACCGGCCAGGGGCUGCGGUUCGAGUCGUGCAAGGUAGGCAUCGAGACGACUAACAAUAACACGGGGUUCUUUGCCCUCAUCGACUCGAGCGCGUCGAAUGUCGGCAUUCUAUGGAGCUCGGCGGGAUCGUCUACCGCGCAGGGCUCCAUGGUGUUGGAAAACGUACAGGUGGACGGCUCAGUCAAAUCGACGGUCACGGCCGCAGGAAAGAACAUUCUCACCGGGUCUGUCAAGCCGGGAAAGUCUUGGAUCUGGGGCAACGUGUACGGUCCUGCGGAUGGAGAGCGCGCAGAGGGCAAGCUUUAUUCGUCGUCUCGCGCGCCGUCACUCGUGGAUUCGUCUGGGGCGUAUCACACCGUCAAGGGACCCACGUUUGAGGAGUACGACGUGUCCAGGGUUGUCAAUGUGAAGAAUGUUUGUGGGUGGAAGGUCGCUGGCGACGGCGUUACCGACGAUACCGAGAGCUUGCAGCACAUCAUCAAUGCCGCUGCCGGUAAGAAAGUCUUGUUCUUUCCGCACGGCACGUAUCUCGUCAGCGAUACUCUGUUGAUUCCACCUGGGACCAGAAUCCAUGGCGAAGCAUGGUCGGAGAUCAGCGCCACCGGCAACAAGUUCAAAGACGCCAACCAUCUCAAGCCGCUCGUCCAAGUCGGCCUCCCCGGCAGCACCGGCGUAGCGCAGUUCGUCGACAUGCUCUUCACGGUCGCCGACAUCCUGCCCGGCUGCAAGCUGGUCGAGGUCAACAUGGCGGGCGGACGCCCCGGCGACCUCGGCUUCUGGAACACGCACUUCCGCAUCGGCGGCGCCCGCGGGUCCAAAGUCCAGACCCAAUGCAGCGACCCGGCGACGUGUCGCGCGGCGCGCAUGUGCGCGCAUCUCACGGCCACGUCGUCGUCGUACUGGGAGAACAGCUGGUGCUGGAGCGCCGACCACGACUUGGACGACGACAACGCCGCGAACCCGUCGACGGCGGGCGGGUUCCUGGUCGAGUCCGUCAAGGGCACCUGGCUGCUCAGCAUCGGGACGGAGCACAACGUCCUGUACCAGAUGAACAUCCACAAGGCGCGCAACGUCUUCCUGGGGUUCCAGCAGAGCGAGACGCCGUACUGGCAGGGCAACAACUCUGGCCUCCUUGCGCCCCGGCCCUGGCAGGACUCGCUGCUCGAAAGCGACCCGGACUUCAGCUGGUGCGCUGCGGACGACGCCCAGUGCAGGAUGGGCGUGUAUCAGUACGUGACCAAGUCUAAGGACGUGAAUAUCUACGGCGGCGGCUACUGGACUUUCUUCAACGGCAUCAACCGCGAUGGUUGCAAGGGGGAGUGCCAGGAGAAUGGCGUCAUCUACGCGGACAAUGAAAAAUUGUACAGCUUUGGUGUGAGCACACACAACGUCAGAACCAUGGUCCUCGAGGGGUGGGAUGGCAAGUACACGAGCGUGGUCAAGGACACGGCAAACUCGGGUGGAUGGCAGUCCGGCGGCGGCGUCAUGGCGGCGUAUAUGAGGCAGGCCAAGUGA